AUGCCUCCAGAGCGCGUCCACCUUCAACAAGGUUAUGGCUCUGAUAUGCCCUUUAUCAAAAUCGCACCUUUGAAAGCGUUGGGUCAAUUGAAGACUCAGAGGAAGAAGAGACAAGAAUACACCACCCACACUGCCCCCAAACUCCGCCCAACCGUCCUUUCUGCCGCAACUAUCCUACUCACUACCAAAACUUCCCCAAUUACCACCACCACCACCACCUCCAGCAUCGCCAUUGCCACCUCCCAAAUUGCCAUUGCCACCUCCAUUGGUUUACUUCGUCAGUUACUUUGUGCGCCCACAAGCGUCUUUACCCCCUAA